GGUUGAGUACUUGGCCAAUGCGGCCGAAUUGGAUAAUGCCGACGAAUACGUCCUGCCGCGGCUGCAUGACUUAUUGGAUGAGGUAGACAUGCUUAUAGGUGCGACCACCAUCUCGCCAGCGAAGGAGGUGGACCCGAAUGCAUAUCUUGACUUCGACCAGUCUCAGCUUCGGAAGCUGUACAAGAAGUGUGGUCUCCCGAAGAAGGAGCUUGAUGAGAUUAUUAAGGCCAUACACGAUUAA